AUGUUAUCGUUACUCGUUAUUUGCAUCGAGAUUUCGAUGACCUUUAUCGCAUACGAGAGCGACAGGUGUUGUUUCUCCUCCGCAAAUAUAUAUAUAUAUAUAUAAAUAUAUAAAACCGACCAUUCGUUAAGCGUUUCGAUUCAGUGUUUUGUUUACUUCGCCUGCAGCACUCUUUUAAAACCCAUCCGUGCACCAGGUCUGCAGUCAGGUUCCGAAAAAAUGAAUAUUCUGAUAAUUGCCGAAUUUUUUAUCCUCAACCACAUGUUCUACGUGUUGAGCAAACCAUUGAAUCGUACUCAGUUAUUUAGGAACAGCUUUGGUAAUUAUCAGACCUAUCUACGUGACAUUCCGGUAAUGAGAGAUAUCUCUUAUUCGCUGGAGGAAUAUUAUGACGCGAAAACUGCAAGGGGACUACAGCAGCUGAACAGAGAUAGCAGAGAUAUGAUGCAUGAAUAUCGCAAUCUUUGCGAAACAAUAACAAAACAAGUGGAGCUUUCCGAUGACGAUUACGAGUAUCUACCCCCAUAUUAUUAUGAGGUCUACUGUAAGAGCUAUUUGAUGUUGAGCGAAGACGAACGAAUAAUGAAACCAUUGGAACAAAAAUGCGUUUAUCCGGCAUUCCAGUGCGUGCAAAAAAGCCGAUCUUUAUCUUUGGUCAGACGACGUUGGGGUAGUGAAUGUUGGCAACCAUAUACAAAGGAAAUCGCCAGUGGUUGUGACUGCAUGUGGCCGGUCACUAACCUUGGCGAGAUAAAUGAACACUAUUGAUUUAGUCAAGUUGUAUGUUAGUAAAGUUAACGUGUCAUUAAAUAGUGCAAAUAUAUCACGAAACUCUCUGGACAUGAAUCUUAGCAGUAUCUUUCAUAAAAAUAUUUAUUCAUUGUAU